AAACGUAAACAUUACUCAUAGAAGACGAAAAAUUUCAAUAUUUUUUAUUUUAAGAAAUACGGAAUUAAACAGUUUAAAAAUUAAUCAUGGGUUGUGAUGGCGGAACCAUUCCCAGACGUGAUGAACUUGUUCGAUUGAAAAAGAAACCUGAAGUGAAAGAUAAAGAUUCUGAAAGGCUUUAUCGAUGGCGACACUGCUCAUUAACGCAACAGAAAUUACAACAACCUAUUGUAAUGUGUGGCUUGGGACGAUUAUAUUCAAAAAGUAAUAUAAUAGAACAGUUGCUAGAGAAAACUCCAAUGCCCGAAUCUUGUUCCCACAUAAAAGGACUUAAAGAUAUCAAAGAUUUGAAAUUAACUGCGAAUCCAUCUUACUCUCCUGAAGAUGAUAAAAAUGCACCAUUUAUCUGCGCUCUUAUCGGUUUGGAAAUGAGUGGUCAAUUCAGAUUUGUAGCAUUAUGGACAUGUGGUUGUGUUUUCUCAGAAAGAGCACUUAAACAACUGAAAUCAAAUAUUUGCAACAUAUGUCAGACUCCUUACUCUGAACAAGACGUUGUCAUUCUCAAUGGAAAUGAAGAAGAUGUUGACAUGAUGCGAACAAGAAUGGAAGCGCGAAAUGCAAGAAUGAAAGCUGCUAAAAAAGAUAAGAAACUCAAAGUUAAAACAGAAAUUCCCGAAUCUUCAACUUCAACAUUUGUGAAACCUUCAACCAGCAAGGAACCAGAAGAAAUAAAGAAAGAACCGAAACCAAGUUCAUCAAAAUUACCGAUGGUUGCAAAUCCUUCCGUCAUUGCUGCAAGGAAACGCGAAAUUAUCACAGACAUGAUCGGAUCAGACCCUAAUUGUAAAAAGGCGAAGAAAGAUUAUUCCGUGAAAAACGAUCCAAAAGCAACAGAAGUUUACAAAUCAAUUUUCACAUCACAUGAAAGUGAACAAACACAAAAUCGUGCACAUUGGAUCACUUAUAAUCCAUUUUAUAAUUGAAUUUUAAUCUAAAUGUCAUUAAAAAUAUUGGAAAGAAUUAAAAUUUAAGAUAAACAUUUCAAGUGUCUUAUUUAUUUGGUAUUUGAGAAAAUUUACGGGAAAUAAAAAGUUUUUCUC